UUAAUGAUAAUCCGGUUUUAUAUAGCCUUUCACAUAGAAAGGCUGUAUGAGAGCCUUGAGAGUUGAGAUUAUAUAAAACGUUCCACAUCUGAAUUGAACCAUUCCCAAGAAUACUUAAUAAAGGAGAAGAUGUUAUUUUACGUGCUAAGUGUAUCUAUUGUUACAACGUUGGGAUUAUCUGCAAACGUGCAACCUACGCUUCCUCUGAUCACCUGUAAACGGGAGUCAGCUGAUUAUUCCGCUUGUUUAAAACGUGCUAUAAAGGAGGAAUGGCCACGAUUUUGUAAAGGUAUUCCAGAAAUUGGCUUUCCAUCUUUAGAUCCAUUAUUUUACAAAUAUGGCAAAGGUAUAUUUGAUUCAGGCGAGAUACGUGCAGAAGUGGUUAUGAAAAAUCUUACUUGCACUGGUUUAAAAGAAAGUCGUUUUUCUGAUGUGAGAACGCAUUUUCUUGAUGAUGAUGAUGUUUUCCGUUUGGAAAUCGCUGUACAUGCACCGAAAUUACAUGUAAAGGGUUUUGUAAGAGCAACGGGUACAAUAGGUCCAUUCAGAAUGAAUAGUAAAGGUCCUUUUAACGUAACUAUGGAUGAUGUAACAGGCACAUGGAAUUUAAUAGGGCAUGUAGUAAACGAUACAUGGAUCGUAAAGAAUUUCACUGUCGCUCCCACAAUUCGAACAUUCAAACUAUAUUCCGAUGAUUUGUUUGAGGGUAAUAAAGAACUUAAUAAUCUUAUUUUAGCUUUUGUAAACGAGUAUUGGCCGCCAUUAUAUCGAGUGAUGUUGCCAAUAAUGGCCGAAAUAUGGGAUCCGUGGAUAACUGGCAUUGUCAAUAAUCUUUUCUCGAAAGUUUCAUUUUCACAGAUAUUUCCAUAAGACUGAUGUUUAUUAUAUAUUAAAAGACGAAAUUAACUUGUAUUGACAAAUACAAGUAACGUGAAAACUAUCUCAAAUAGUAUAAAACAAAUUUAAUUUUUCUUAUAUAAAAAAGCCAAAAACAAUUUUAAAGCUUUUUAUAUUACAUAUUUUAUGAGAUGAGCAAAGGAAAGAAAGAAAACACAUUUUACUUAUGAAUGCAUGACGCUAAUUCGCUAAAUUGUUUAUUUAAUAAACCUUUAAAUUUUUUAUAUAUUUUGAAUAAAUACAUUUAUUUUACCAAUUUCUUUUUUAAUUUAAAAGGCAAGCUAGUUAUAAAGAUAAUUCAGAAUGUCAAAUCUUGCAAUCUCUACAAAGAAUGCCACACAUAUGUUAAUUAUAUGUCGCUCUAUUUCUCUUUUUUUUGUACAGAUUAAUUGAUCACAAAUAAAGUCGCAUAAUAUAAUUUAAUCGUUCUAUUUAAUCGUUCACGGUUAUAUUUUGACAUAUAUAAUUAUAUUUCAACAUAUAUCAAAUAAUUAUUUAAUUUUUGACUGCAAUAGAAGAUUAAAAUCUCUUUUGAAUAUAGCUCUUUGUUCCGUAUAUGUUAAUACUUUUGUUACUACAUCUCAUAGGCAAAAGAAGGGAAUAGGAUAAAGAUAAUAUCCAAGUAUGUAUGUGACGAAAAUAAGAUGCAAAAAAUCUGAGCAAGAAAUGAAAGACACAGCUUUGGAAUAAAAGUCAGAAAGAAAAAGUUAAAAUAGACAUCAAGAACAUGAAAAAAAUUGUCAAACUUUUGCAUCAAAAAAUUCAUAUCAUACACCUCCAUUCUAUAACUGUUUAAUCUAAAUUUUUUCUAGUGUAUAACCGAUCGAACUAAGUUUCAUUUUCUUUGAGCAUUGAUAAUUAAAUUUAUGAUUUGGCGAACAAGAUUUUGCAUUCUUCAAACAAAAAA